AUGAAUGACCUGUCUCUGCGCACAAGGGGAUAUUUUAAGUUCCUGACAAACUAUCCAGCAAACAAGAAAGAAUGGAAUCGAGCAGUGCUUAUUUUACAUCAGGACCCAAAGAAUGCAAUAAUUACAGCUGACUUGCAAGAUACAGAAUAUGAAACAUUAGACUUACCUGAUACAAAAAUUGUUAUUCAACUGAAUUUAUUCAAAAUAUGCCGAAAACAUCUACUCUGUAGUCAUACAUCAGUAUCAAAUGAGUGUAAUCAUUCAAAUAUAAAGCAUUCUUCAAACUCUGUGCAAACUCCGGUUCCCUGUUAUCAAAUACAUUUGAGUUCACGAUUUCUAUUCGGGAAGAAACAAUUAUGGUUGGGUUUUACUACACCUUUUGAUCAAGAUAUAUGGUAUUCAGCAUUGAAAACUUUAAUAUCAAAACAUGGAGGGAAGAAAAAUACCCUUAGUGGUCCUGACACGAUCCGAGCGUCUGCACUAAGCUUAUCUCAAACAUCAGAAUUGGAUUUGCUUGCUUCAGCUUUGCCAAAUAUUUUAGAUAAUGAAAUAUAUGAGAGUACUUCAGCACCAGAUACCUUUUCAGUCUAUGUAAUUCAUACAGAAAAAUCAAAAGAUUUAGGUUUGUCUGGUCGGUAUUUAUUACGUCUAAAAGAAAAUGCAUUCGAGUUACUGGAUCCAGAUACUUAUACAAUUGUAAGAGUAUGGCCAGUUAAAUAUGUGCGCAAAUUUGGUGUAUACACUAAACGAUUUUAUCUGAUCACUGGAAGUGGUUGUGAAGGCGGUCGUGGAUUAUUCAUCUUUUUAAUAGAAAAUGCUGAUAAAUUUCAAACAAGACUGUUUCGUCAAAUGAAACAGUUAACCUUACAAUCACAACACUCUAGACGAGCCACAGACUCUAAACAAUGGAUUAUAGAACAAGCAUUACAAAAAGAAUGUGAAGAAUUCCACAUAGCUGAAACACACAAUUGUUGGUUUUCAUCAGAACCAAGAAAAAAGAAAAACCUCAUCACAUCUUCUGAUUUUAUCGACUCAGCAUUAGCUACAAAACCUCGUGCUAAUUCUGUGAAUGACUUUGUUUUACAAAAAAAUGAAUCAAAUCACCCCCGGCCUUAUGAACGUCAACAUCAGUAUUCAUCAAAUAUACUGCCUAAAGAAAUCGCUGUUUCAUUAGCCUAUGAUAGUGAUACAAAAUCUUCUUCAUCUUCAUGGAUAUUUCCAGAUGACAAUGUUGUUAUCAAAUCGAAUGGUAAGUGUUUGGUUGAACGUUCAUGUCAAACACUGUUCGACUGCAAUGAUACUUCAGAGCAUUCAAAACAUUCAAAUAAUCAUCCUUCACCGUGUAAUACAUUAAUAAGACCACGAAUUCAAGAACCGAAUAGCAUACAUAAUAAUUUUGGUUCACAGGAGACAUUCAUUUCAGAAACAUUAUGUGAUCAGGAGAAUGUUAAUAAUAAUAGUAACUUUCAAGGACGAGAACAAGAAGACAAUAUGGCUGAUGAACAUGAUGAUGAUGAGAUAUGAUGCGAGUGAUUCAAGUGAGACUUCACAACCAUUGUAUGCCAACGCUGAACAAAUAACUAAUACGAAAUUAAAUGCGAAAUUUUCAAAUAAUC